GUGUUGAACAUCCACAGAAAUUUCCAGUCCCAAUGGAAAUAGAUCAAACAUUUGAUAAUAAAAAUAGAAAUAUUCAUGUUCCAAGGACACUUGGUUUAGAUGUACCAAGACCACUUGUGAUUGAAAGGCCCCGUACAAUGGAAAAUAUCCCCAAACCUGUACCAACAAAUGUUUUUACUCCUCCUCCGCGUCCACGAAGUAUGGAAACUAACUCUCCCGAGAGUUUCUCAUUUAGAGGGCCAAGUCCAAGGCGUGAACAGUCUCCUUUGGUGUCGCGAACACCAGUUGAUUCUCCACGGACACCUCCACGUUCUAAAUCACCUUUUCUAAGGACACCACCCAGACCAUCAACUGCCUCAUCGUCUUCUAAUAUGGAAGAGACUCCAACACAUCAGCUAACGAUAAAAGACGACAAAACUGAAGAAAAAAUUGUCAUACCUAACUGUGGUUGUGUAGAUAACCCCAACGAAAAAGAAGAGGGGCCGUAUUAUACGCAACUAGGUGCUGGUCGGACAAUUGCAGAAAUUAGGGAAAUAAUGGAAAAAAGAUACGGUGACACUGGUAAAGCAAUUCGAAUUGAACAAGUAAUCUACACAGGAAAAGAAGGCAAAGGAUCAAUGGGAUGUCCUAUUGCUAAAUGGGUCAUAAGAAGAUCAUCGUCAGAGGAAAAAGUUCUGGUCGUUGUUCGCCACCGAGUUAAUCAUCAUUGUGCUACCGCUGUCAUUGUCAUCGCUAUCGUUGCUUGGGAGGCUCUAAGUAGUGACAAAACCAACGACGCAUAUGAUUGGCUAAGGACUACUUUAUCCAAACAUGGGAAUCCAACUGUCCGGAGAUGUGGCACCAAUGAGGAGAAAUCGUGUGCAUGCCAAGGCUACGAUUCAGAAAAAUCCGGCGCAUCCUUUUCUUUUGGCUGUUCGUGGUCCAUGUACUACAAUGGGUGCAAAUUUGCCAGGAGUAAAACGCCAAAAAAGUUCAAACUUGGGAAUAAUGCAGACUCUAGAAAAGACGAGGAAGAGUUAGAACAUAGAUUGCAAACGCUCGCUACCUUGAUUGCUCCGAUAUACAAGAAAAUGGCACCAGAAUCAUAUGCAAACCAAAGUGCACAUGAGCAGGAAAGUCUACCAUGUCGCCUUGGUUACGAAGAAGGUCGGCCAUUUUCUGGUGUUACUGCCUGUGUGGAUUUCUGUGCCCACGCCCAUAAAGAUCAACAUAACAUGAACACAGGUUGCACAACAUUACUUACCUUGACUGGAGAAGAGAUAAGAACCAUUGCUAAACCAAGGGGUGCUGAUGAACAGUUACAUGUAUUGCCGCUUUAUAAGAUAAGUCCAGUGGAUGAAUAUGGAAGUUUUGAAGGCCAGCAGGAAAAAAUUAAAAAUGGAUCUCUGGAAAUCUUGAGGUCAUUCAGGAGAGAGCUACGCAAGAAACCGAAAGAUCAGAUUGUGGAGAAGAAAGGACGAAAACGCAGUGAUCAUAGUAAUAAUGCGCACAAUGCUAGCAGUGCUGCUACAAGUAGUAAUAGUAGUAGUCAGGAUACUGAGAUUAAAAAAGAACAUGGAAUACCUAUGCCUGUACCCACCGCUGUGGAACAGAAACGACUCUAUUAUCAAUCAGAGAAUCGUCCACAUAGACAGCCAACGCCGCAACGGCAGCCAACUCCACAGCCACAGUCGGCUCCAAAGAGCCAAGAACAUCGAGCUGAAAAAAGAACUGCAGCUGAAGCUUUUGGUGAACAUUCUGCUCUUCAACAACAUCAACAGCAGCAGCAGCAGCAACAACAACAACAACAACAAACUGCUAACGAAAAUUUGCAACCCCCGCCUGGCUGGCCAAGCGGAGUGGAAUAUAGACCAGAGUUGAGUGUGCGACCCGAACUUCUUCGUAUGCACCAUGCUGAUUUCCAGGCCAAUCAUCGACCAGGAUUGACUGAUUUGCAAGGACAGCAGCAGAUGAUGUUAAAUGGAAUGAUUCCAUGGGAAAUGACGCAAGCUUUUUUCCCAGGAAUGAGGCAUGGUCUUUAUCAAUUUGGUGGGUAUCCACCGUACAUGCCAAUGUUCGGGCAAGGUUAUCCUCCAGAUGCAAGGCUUCCUGGAAUCCAGGGCCUUGGAUUGUUUGCCAGACCACCCAGAUUAUAUGAUCCAAGAUUAAUUGGAUAUCCCGGACAUAUAGGAUUAGAACAACAAGAGGAUAUCAAACCAGAUUUACGUACUUUACACGAACUUGUGGAGCAACACAAUAAGGAGCAAUCGAACAGUCAGGCCAUCAGACAUGUCGGUGAUGAACAACAAACACGAUUUGCUGGACAUAAACAAUCUUACGACAACUUACCAAAUGGAAUGACUCCACAUCACCCGCAUGCAGAGGGGAUUAGUAAUGCUCGGUCGGGAGAACCUAACGCACACAGACAACAUUAUCCAGAGGCAAAUCGUAAUGAAAAUAUUUCUGCAGAAGCCCAGCAUCCGGUAAUACCGCAUCCUGAUAUCGGUAUGUCGCCGCAAGUUGGAUAUCGCUCACAAACUCCUCAGCAUGGGGUGCCCAUGCAAAUGGCAAAACCACGAGAUGAAGCUAGUUUUGUUGGACAUCAGACCACCUCCCAGAAUAAUGCAAUAUUACCAUCACAUUCCACUAUGCCAAAAGACAAUAUACAAGCGAUGCAGCCAGCACCGGUAGACUUGAAACAACCCUCAGAGGAUGAAGCCUACUUCUCUGAUAGUGAACAUUGUUUCCAGGAUCCAGAAAUUGGUGGUGUCGCAAUUGCACUACAGCACGGUGCAGUGUUAUUCGAAGUAGCAAAACGAGAACUGCAUGCCACUACAGCACUCCGAAAACCAGAUCGUACUAAACCAACUCGUAUUGCUCUUGUUUUUUACAAGCAUAAGCACAUGAAUGCAAAUAACCACGGAAUGGAGGAAUACGAACUUAAAAUGGCGGCCCGGCAAUUAGAAGCUGAGGAAGCAGCACGUGCAUCUGGGGAAUCUUUACCACCAACACCAACUCGUGGACGCAAGAAAGCGAAAGUUGCUUCUGGAACAGAAAAUCCUGUUCCUGCGAUUAAGGAAACUGAAUUGCUUCAGGUACCGACAAAGCGUACUGUAACUAUGACAACUGAUUCCUUGGUGACUCUAAAAUCUUAUGCAUUCACUACGGUGACAGGACCGUACCAAAAAUGGAUGUAGGAUGUGGCACUGUCUGCAGAACAACCGCCAACAAAAAACUAUUAUUUGUUUUAUGGAUUUUGUUGAUCACAUUUUUAAUGAGUACACCAUCGUUUCAAAUUUUUGUAUUGUUCGCGUUGUGCUUUCUCUUUUUGGAGCUUUUAGAUGUUGCUAUGGUUAUUCGAUAGUUGCUAUGGGCAUUCGGUGCUAAAGUACGUGCUCUGUAUUAUUUUAUUGCAAGUCUUACUUGUCUUUUCAUUCUUGCAUUUUAGAAAUGUUACCGUUUUACAUCUUGACGUUUCACCUAAUUUAG